ACGGCAUUUUUCGAUUGUAAUUAUCGGUUGAAAACUAGGAAGAAGACGGGAUCAGAGAUUCUGGAUUUUAUGGUCUUUAUUUUAAUUUUAUGUAAUAUCCGGAACCCUUUUCCCGACUCAUUUUCGGCUUCACGAGUUCUUAGCGAAAGUGGAGAGAAAGGAGCGCGAAACCAAAACCCUAAACCCUAGCGAGCGAUUGCCAAUGGCGCCUGCAUCCUCCAUGGAGAAGAUAAAGGAGUUCUUGAACUCUCAGAUCUACGACGAUGACAAGUGGGCUGUCAACUCGAAGCUACUGGGUGCUGCUGGGCUAUUUGCUGGCUCAAUACUUUUUAUGCGCAACUUUGGCGAUCUUAUGGCCAUUUAAGAGCAUAGGUGGCAGCAUUGACUCCUUAGUGUUCCCUUUUUCUUUAGCAUGCUGCAAAUGGUGACAUUACAUUUCUUCACUUUAGCCUUCCACCUCUUCCUUGGAUGUUCCUCUUGGUUUGUUAUUGAAUAAUUUUUGUAUGAGUUGUACUCUCCGGUAUAACUUGUGUUAUACAAGGUACAAGAGUUUGAUGGUGAUAUGUUUGUUUAGAUCAUUGGUUAAUAUUUCCUGAUUAUUUAUAAUUCCUGUGGUGGUUUAUUUGAGAUCGUUUGAAUAUUCAUGGCAUGGCCUUGUUAAUACGACUUUGCCAUAUUAGUUUA